AUGCGAGCCAAUCGUUCUGGAGUUCAUCAGCCGGUUAACCUUCUUCCACAAGAGCAGAACGAGCCAGGAAAACUUGUGUACCACGUUUUAGUCAGUCUUUCAUGCCAGACUUCAUUCUUCCAUUUGGUUUCGAUCAGAAUUGAUCGUUUCGUUGCCGUUGUAUUUCCAGUGCGUCACAAAAUCUUCAUGGAAAAAGGCGGACUUAAGGUUAUGCUCGUAGCAUCAUGGUCCCUUCCGAUUCUUACUUCCGUUUUAUCCAAUAUCAUUCCGACUUGUUCCACUCCCGUCUUUGGUCUUAUCGGAUUUGUAAUCUUUUCCUUCAGCGGUUUUAGUAUUUUCUUCCCUUUCACUUCCUGAUUGUGGUAGUUCUGCUCCACCACGGGAAGAAAACAAAGCAGCUAACAGCUCGAACAGUUUCUGUGAAAGUGGUUACCCGCUUGGAAGUCCGUGUUACUUGCACACUGGCUAUCGCAACAGGCGUCAACACCGUUUGUUGGGUUCCUGUAAUGACUUUGUAUGCCAUUGAAAAAUGGCAAAACAGCCCUCUACACUUUUGUCUCACAACCCUGGCGCUAUAA